GUCAGCCUCGUAAAAGUUUUCACCUUUCUUCCUUCUUCUCACUUCCCAUCCCACCUCGAUCUGCUCUGCCGACCGCCCCCGCCUCUCCACUCCUCUCCUCCUCCCGCGACUGCGAGCCCACGCCAUGAACGAACCCGCAGCGUAGGAUAGCACGCCGUGAACCAACCAUGGGCCGUGCGAGGGCCAAGGACGCCGGCUACGGGGGCGUCAAGUCGUUCCCGUCGCCGGCCUCGUCCUCGGCGUCGUCGUCCGAGUUCGAGUUCACGGUGACGCAGUCGCCGGGGUCCAAGCAGCGGUCGGCGGCGCAGCUGUGCCCCGCCGACGACCUGUUCUACAAGGGCCAGCUGCUGCCGCUGCACCUGUCGCCGCGCAUCUCCAUGGUGCGCACGCUGCUGCUCGCGUCGGCCUCCACCUCCUCCGCCUCCGCCUCCGACUCCACCUCCACCUCCAACUCCUCCCGCGACUCCAACGGCAGCACCUCCUCCUCCUUCUCCACCGACUGCGCGGCGCUCCUGCUCCCGGACUCCGCCCCCUCAUCCUCCCGCCCCAGCUCCGCCGCCGACGACGACCGCCACCCCAACCUGCUCCAGGGAACCGCCUCCUACGCCGGGCUCCCGCCGGCCAAGCGCACCGGCAAGCAGUACCUCUCGUCCUUCGCCACUCGCUUCUCCUCCGUCUUCCUCCACCGCGGCGCCGCGCCGGCCGCCAAGAAGCCGUCCAACAAGUCGCUCGCCAAGGAGGUGAUCAAGAAGUACGCCAAGAAGGUGAAGCCUCUGUACGAGAAGCUGUCCCAGAUCCCCAAGAACCAGAACAACCAGCCUCAGCCGCAGCCUCCGGCGCAGCAGCAGCAGUGUUUCAAGAAGCCGUUCAGUUUCUCGAUCCGGAAGAAGCGGGGCGACGAAGACAACGCCGCCGCGUCCGCGGCGGCGGCGGAGGCGGAGGCGAGCACCGGCAAGUACGCGCACUCAAACUCGUUCUCCGGCAACCUCCGGUUCCCGCGUCAGAAGCGGUGCGCGGCGAGCUGCCCGUCGUCGAUGCGGUCGUCGCCGAACCACUCCGGGAUGCUCUCCUUCGGCGGAGCAGGCGGAGUCGGCUUCCCCGACGUGCCGGCCGCAGCAGCGGCGGCCAUGACAAGCAGCAUUGGCAUGCGGCCCGUGUCGCUGUCGGCGGCGUCGUCGUCUUCGAUGGAGGAGCUCCAGAGCGCCAUCGAGGGCGCCAUCGCGCACUGCAAGAACACAAUGGGCGGCGUCGUGUCCCUGUGCCCGCGCAAGGUGCCGGCGUCGGCGGCGGCCGGCGAGAUCACCGCGUUCUGAGCGCGCGGGUGCAUGCAUGCAUGCACUAGGAUUCGUGCGAGGAGCUGAGUAAGGCUGAUUAAUCAGUGGUAUCCAUCCAUGUGUUAAUUUUUGUUCGUUUAAUUAGCUUUGUGUCCUUUGGGCAAGACUUUAAGAUGAUGUUGGUAAAUAAGGGUAGUUCGAAGGGGUAAAAUGAGACUCUAAUCCUCCUUCCUUUGGACGUCUUUUCUCCCGCAGUGUGAAAUUUGCGUCGGUGUCCUCCAAAUAUUGCCUCUAAAACCUAAAUACAUCAAAUCCAUCUAAGAAGAUUUAAAAGUUACUGGAAAUGCUCUCAUAUAGGUUGAGUGUAUUACAGCGGAAAUAUCCUAGAAUCUUAAGUUGGGUGUAUUUCAGUGAAAAUAUCAUCUUUUGGAUGGCCUCUGCAUUGUAAAAUUUGCCAAAUGAAAUCCAUUGGUUUGAGAAGAAGCGGGGGGUUGCUAGCAUUCUAUCCCAUCAAGUUCAGAAUAUGAAUCUGCCAACUUAAAUUUGUGAUCGAGGUGCUGAUGCAAAUACCUCAUGCUCCGGAGAAGAGGUGUGCAGAAUCCUUAGUUAACCAGACCGGGGUUCCCUUCCAAAAAGGUUAGGAGUGGGAUUUUGGGUAUGAUGUGGAAGUCUGAGCUAGAGGUGUCAAAUUUUGUUUUGUAAUGAUGUCUCGAGACAAGUGUUUAUUCAGCUAAUCCUCCUAAUAUAGUUUGCCUCCUGUACUUGA